AUGUCAAAAUCGGCCUCUCUCGCGUCAUUUCCCGGAAUAUUACGAGGGUCAAGAUCACAUGAUUUAGGAACAUCAACAUGGCAGGAGGAAUGGACAGAGCACGGCGUAUGCCGAAGAUCGGGGACAACGAGAAGGAGUCCAUGUUUGGAUAUGUUUACGCUGUAUCCGGCCCUGUGGUGACGGCGCAGCAGAUGUCGGGCGCGGCUAUGUACGAGCUGGUACGUGUGGGUCACGCCGAGCUGGUGGGAGAGAUCAUCAGGCUGGAGGGCGACAUGGCCACCAUCCAGGUCUACGAAGACACCUCUGGUGUGACUGUGGGUGACCCUGUACUGAGAACAGGAAAACCUCUCUCCGUCGAGCUUGGACCAGGAAUUAUGGGUAGCAUCUUUGAUGGUAUCCAGCGUCCACUGGAAGACAUCUCCGAGCUGACACAAAGUAUCUACAUCCCCAAGGGAGUCAACACGCCAGCCCUGGACCGAUCCAAGAAGUGGGACUUCGAGCCCCUCAACAUCAGGAUCGGGAGUCACGUGACAGGUGGUGACAUCUACGGUGUGGUGUAUGAAAACAUCCUCAUCAAGCACAAGAUCAUGGUUCCUCCGAAGGCGAAAGGAACCGUCACGUUCAUCGCUGAGCCAGGAUCAUACGAUGUCAAUGAAGUGAUUCUGGAGACAGAGUUUGACGGCGAGCGCACCAAACACACAAUGUUACAGGUGUGGCCUGUGCGUCAGAUGCGACCGUCUGCUGACAAGCUGGCUGCCAACUACCCACUGUUGACUGGACAGAGAGUUCUCGACUCACUCUUCCCAUGUGUGCAGGGAGGAACCACAGCUAUCCCCGGCGCCUUUGGUUGAGGCAAGACUGUCAUCUCCCAGUCGCUGUCCAAGUACUCCAACAGUGACGUCAUCGUCUACGUCGGAUGUGGGGAGAGAGGAAACGAGAUGUCAGAAGUACUCAGGGACUUCCCACAGCUGACCAUGGAGGUUGAGGGCAAGCCGGAGAGCAUCAUGAAGAGAACCGCCCUUGUGGCUAACACCUCCAACAUGCCUGUAGCUGCCAGAGAGGCCUCCAUCUACACAGGUAUCACGCUGUCCGAGUAUUUCCGUGACAUGGGUUACAAUGUGUCCAUGAUGGCUGACUCAACAUCUAGAUGGGCCGAGGCUUUGAGAGAAAUCUCUGGUCGUCUGGCCGAGAUGCCUGCUGACUCUGGCUACCCAGCCUAUCUUGGCGCUCGUCUGGCCUCCUUCUACGAGAGAGCUGGUCGCGUCACGUGUCUCGGAAACCCCAGCAGAGAGGGUUCCGUCAGUAUUGUCGGACCUGUGUCUCCCCCUGGUGGUGACUUCUCUGACCCCGUGACGUCUGCGACCCUGGGUAUUGUACAGGUGUUCUGGGGGUUGGACAAGAAGCUUGCUCAACGUAAACACUUCCCCUCCAUCAACUGGCUCAUCAGCUACAGCAAGUACAUGCGAGCACUCGAUGAGUUCUAUGACAAGAACUUCCCCGAGUUUGUGCCACUCAGGAAGAAGUGCAAGGAGAUCCUGCAAGAGGAGGAAGAUGUCUCAGAAAUUGUGCAGCUUGUUGGAAAGGGCUCCCUGGCAGAGCCAGACAAGAUCCUCCUGGAGGUUGCCAAACUCAUCAAGGAUGACUACCUGCAGCAGAACGGCUACACUCCGUACGACAGGUUCUGCCCCUUCUACAAGACAGUGGGUAUGUUGAAGAACAUCAUCUCGUUCUACGACCUGGCUCGGCACGCAGUGGAGAGCACAGCACAGAGCGAGAACAAAAUCACCUGGUCCAUCAUCCGAGAUCAGAUGAACGACAUCCUCUACAAACUCAGCAGUAUGAAGUUCAAGGACCCUGUCAAAGAUGGCGAGGCAAAGAUCAAGCAGGACUUUGACGAACUCUACGAGGAGAUGCAGACGGCGUUCAGGAAUCUAGAAGACUAGACCAAGGUCAAGGUCACCCGACCAUGUGAUACGAAGGCUGUGUUUUUAAUGUGGACCAUAUUUCUCUGUUAGAAUACACCACGUAGGUACAACAACACUGAGUCUCCUUGUGGAUGUUUUAUAAAAGGCACAGAAUCAAAUGUUGAGCUUAGUGUUUGUUAAGUCGUAAUUAGCUCAGGCUCUUUGGUUUCCCUUAAUCCAGUCUCUUCACUGUCAGGAGUAUCCUGGUUUAACAUUUCUGAUCGUCAAUCAAACUGGGCCUCACUUCUGUAGUUCUGUGUGUAUCUGACAUCUGAGAAGUAUUGGUUACAUAGUUUCCAUAAUAUAACGGACUGUAUUCCCGGAAUGGCUGUAGAUAGCGGGUAUUUUGUAAAUAUGGAUGUAUUAUGAUUGAAUCAAGAUUCAAAGUCUUUGUAUGUAUAAAUUGAACAUCUUCAUCGCCAAAUUAAACUACAGCAAAUCGUAUAUCCCAUUUCAGCUUCGACUCAUAGGUCAAUGAAGGGUAUCUGGAACCAUAGUAAAUAUUUUAUAGAGAUAUGGUGACAAUUCAUUUUAGGAGCAAAUAGCUCAGCUUUCACUCUUAGUGCAAAAGAUAUUUCUCAGUUUUUGAAAGAGACACUGGUCGGAUACUACUGACACUUGACUGCAUUAUUUUUUCUUGAAAUGGAGCAGAAAUUUGUCCUACUGUAAUAGUUGCGAUUUUGACGAUGCAUCUGCUAACAAGAUUCAUUUGUUUACUGAUUACACAGCUGUUACCAAGAUUAAUUCAUAUACUGAAAUGUGUUGGUUCCAUGGCAAUAGCAAAUACUACUGUCUUGACAACACAUCCCAGCAGUCAGUCACUUUUAGCCUGAUAUCUCUGUUUACAUGAUGUGUAAUGGGUUGCUGUAGGUCAAAUAUUUCAUGAAUAUUUGCAAACAUUUUUUAAAAAUGUUAUAAUUGGUAAAA